UGACCAAUAUUAAUCAGGAAGUAUAUGAGGACAAUCAAACAAAAUGUCAGACUUUAAUGCAUUGGAAGUAACAUAUAUAAUGUGAAAGCAAAAUAGCUAUACGGAUACAAUGGAGAAGAUUUUUACAUUAUUUAUGAUACUUUUCAUUCGUUUUUUAACAACUAAAUGUGAUCCAUGCCUUACAUACAAAGUUUUGGACACGGCAAAUGAACAUAAUAGGUCCGUUGCAAAUGCUGCCUUACCGUCUGCAAUAUGUGACAAUACCUUAGAAACUGGCUGGUACCGUAUUACUAGCUAUGCGGGAGAACGGAUGCCAACGGAAUGCGUUUAUGGUGGAAUGAGGUGUGGGACAUCAAUGUCAAUUUGGAUGAAUGGAACGUAUCCAGACGCCGGAGUUGUGAAGACAGUUCAAGCAUGCGCAGCACAUUACGAUGGAGAUUGUUGUAAAUACUCUUAUGACAUAGAAGUCAAGAACUGCACAGAUUACCUUGUGUACAAUUUGGUGCCAGUAUCAACAUGCUAUCAGGCGUAUUGCUUUGGUUCAGAAUUGGCAUGCCCUGCAGGUGAAACAUCAGACAACCAUGGGUUUACGCCUGGAUGUAGAUAUGAGCCAUGCCUUGAGGAAAACUAUCAAACUUUAGAUCAUUGGAAGCGAUCGGUUAACAAUACGGAAAUUGGAAAUCUAUGUGACAAUGUUCUAACAUCAGGAUGGUACCGUCCAAUAAGUGCCGUAGGAAAUACUAUGCCAACAGAAUGUCCACAGGGUGGAUACAAAUGCGGAACCAGUUCUCCAAUAUGGAUGGAUGGUUCCUACCCGUCUUCUGGUGAAAUUGCAAAUGUAAAGGCAUGUGUAGGAAAUUAUAAUGGAGGAUGUUGUACUAGUUCGUAUGACAUCCAGGUUAAAAACUGUGACGAUUUUUACAUAUACAACUUGAAACCUACAAGUGGAUGCUACCAAGCAUACUGUUUCGGUACUGAGGUGAAAUGUCCAGUGGGAGAAACUUCGGAUAAUGGAGGGUUUACACCAGGAUGUGAAUUCGACCCAUGUCAUAACAGUAACUACGGGAUACUCGUAGGGGAAAUGAAACGGUCAUCGAACUAUACACUACAGACGAGUGACGUAGCGAUAGAGGACAGUCGAUUAACAACAGGAUGGUACAGAAUUGAUAGUGUGACGGGAAAUGACAUAGUCAAUGAAAGCGUUGGUAUGAUGCAGUGUGGAACUUUAUAUCCGCUUUGGAUGGAAGGAACCCUACCAGAUGUUUCUGACAAAACCGUUGACAGAAAAGUAUGUCAAUCAGGAUUACACAGCACAUGUGAUCAGAAGUAUGAUAUUAAAGUUAGAAAUUGUGGUAACUACAGGACCUAUUAUUUGACACAGUUGAAUGCUGAUAAAUCAGCCUACUGCUUUGGUACAUUCCCUGUUCCUGAUCCUACAACCACCACACAAAGACCACCACCAGGAGACCACAAUUCAUCAAAAGAUGAUGAGAAUGACAAAGAUGACAAGCCCUACAUAUGGGCCAUUGUUGCUAUGCUUGCAGUACUUUCCACAAUAUUACUGGCUAUACUUCUUGUAAAACUCUUCUUACAAAGAACCGUAUCAAAGCGCGCGGUCAGCUUUGUCGAUGUAAAGGGAAAGCUUCCAACUUAUGACGAGGCGAUACAAAACGAAAAAAAUAAUCGUUUGCAGAUGAAUCAAACAGUGAGCCCAAGUGCACCUGUGAAUCAGUUCGAUGGUAGUAUGACGUCAAUUCCACCAAAUAGUACAAAGAUGGGGCAAAUGAAAUCAUAUUAGAUACUUCGUACAGAGAAAGUCAUUGAAAUGAAUAGACUCGAAUUGUUAGAGGAACAAACGAAUAAUAUGUAAUACUCUUUGUAAUUUUUCAAAGUAUGAAUCCAAAAUAACAUGUUUGUGUAUAACAUAUUACUUUUUUCCCACUUGCUUAUUCAAUGUUAUUUAUAUAACUCUUUCGGAUAACAUGUCUUACUAGAAUUGCUGCUGUAGUAUCACCAUAUCUUCGAUUGGUGAACCCAUUUUUUUUUUAUUAUAGCGAAAUGUUUACAAACAUGCAUAUUUAUUAAUGAAAUAUCCAUAUGAAUCAAUUUAGCAGCAGAAAUUGACAUAACUGUUUUAUUUAAAUUCACCUAUCGGUUUGCUUUUUUAUUAUUCUUCAUUCAUUUAUUUUUAUUUAUUGAGGACUUCUGCUGUUAGUCCGUUUGGUAUAAUCAUACCUCUUUUUGGAUCACAGUUUUCGAUACCGUCCAUUUAUAUUUUUUAAUGUUUACAUGUUCCUUUUAUAUACUGUUAACAUGAUAGUUUAUUUUGUUAACUUGCGUCAUUUACCUAAACUUAUAUUUCAACGUUGAUACAUUAUGCAUUUAUGUGUUGCUUAUCUAAAAUUGUCAAAUCUCUCUAAGUUGAUCUAUAAUGGUUCGGAAUAAAAUCGGACAAUGAAAGUGACUUAUAGGUUGAGUUUAUGUUUAAAGAACUGUGUAUUUCCGGCAAAUAUAGAUAUGAUGUAUAUAUUGUCUCUUUUAGAUUGUCGAUUUGCUGACUCAACAUCCAUUUUAAUCGAAAUUUGUAAUCAUACUUCAUAAUGCUUUGGUUUUGACAUUUGGAAAGCUAAAUGUAAUAACAAUUAGAUGUUAGGCUUUUUAUAAAUAGUCAGUGUGAUAUAUAAGUUAUUAUUGAGGAAAUUGACCUAAUGAAAUUUAGAAUUAAUGCAGAAUUUUAUUGCCAUUCAAUAUGGAUUGACACACAAUCAUUACGGAUAGUCAAAAAAUGAAGUCUGGUAUAACUUAUAAAAAAAGUUUGUAAUUUAGAUAAAGUUAUUAAAAUUUAGUAUUAAAGAAAUAAUUGGAAGAAGCUUCUAUUCUCUUCUGUGCAGCACUGAAAACGCGAUAUUUAGUUUUGCUAGUUCUGUAAUGUUCAUGAAUUUUAAUAAGAAUUUUAAAAAAGUGUAUCGACAUACCAAAGUUGAAAAACCCGUAGUUAUUUUGGGAGAGUUAAAAACCUUAAAGGGUAUAUUCAGUUUUAGUAUUUAUAUAAAAUAUCAUAUAAAACAAAAUGUUUCAAUCCAAGUGAAUUGAAUCACAUUUUUAGUAGCAUCUAGCCCAAUACACAUAGUUCAACGACCGUAAAUAUGAUGGAACAUCUUGACAAUAUAGACAUGUUUUUAUUUAUGGAAAUGCCUGUCACAUACAAAAACGGAGGGUGUAACUUUGUCUUGGAAUCAUGUGCUCUGUAUGCACAAUUAAACAUUCGUGAAAAGCUGAACAAAAUAAAAUCCCUGCUUAAAUGCACAUGUUUGUUAAAGUAAACAAAUAUCCUGUUCAAUCAAAAAACAAAUGGUUCUUUUUUUUACUGAAGAAACUAAUUAGACGACUUAACCGGGUUUCAUUAAUGAUGACUGUCAAAUAGGAGUCGAGCAAUAUACUCCAAUGUAGACUGACAUAUUAUCGCAGGAUCAUAAAAAGUUACACGAAAAAAGUAAAAAUUUCUCUGCAUAGAAAGGGAAGUCAUUACCAUUAUCUAGAUCAGACAAACAAGUAAUAUAUAUCAUGUAGUACUGCUAUUUUCACUUUAUGGUCAUCAUUAAAAAGAUGUACAUGUAUAAGCUUAUACAGGUUUGAAAGCAUGACUGUGUUAUUUUAAUAAACAUUUUGUUAAA